GAAUAAUAAUAUGUCGUCCAAAAAAAAUUGUUUUGGAUAAAUAUAGAGAAUGAAAGAAUGGAAAAAGAAUAUUGUCGCCUUAUUGACGAUUGAUUAACUAUUGAACACCCAUUAUUAUCAACAUUAUCGUGUGUGUGUGGGGGGGCGUUCCUGAUCCCGUUAUUCAUUUUCAUUGUUUUAUUAUCUAAUUAUCAGCAUCAAGAAAGAAUCCAAAGAAUUCAAACAUAAACAAACCAAAAUAGAAAAAAAAAUCAUGUCAUCAUAUCGUACGGAUCCAGCCUAUCAAACAGAGGCGGUUAAUAAACAACAACAACAACAACAUCAGCAAUCAUAUAAUUCGAUUAAUAAAUCAACGGCUGAUAUCAAAACUAAUCGUCGAAAUAAUAAUAAAAAUGGUGGCAAUAAUAAUAAUAUUGUACGAAGGCAAUGGAAUUUUUGUUUUAAAUUUUUUGCCUUUAUUUUUUCACAUAUUGGCCUUGGUUGUCUAGUGCUUGCCUAUACUAUUAUUGGUGCAUUUUUAUUCCGUCAUUUUGAAGAACCAAACAUUAUCGAAAGAAAUCGUCUUAUUGAACGUAUACGUAAUGAAACAGUGGAUCGUUUAUGGAUUGAAACAUAUAAAUUAAAUGUAUUAUAUAAAGAAAAUUGGACAACAAUGGCAACAAAAGAGAUUGAACAAUUUCAACGUACAUUGAUUGAUUCAUUUAAAGAUGGUUAUUGGCCAAUGAAUUCUGAUGAUCAACAACAACAACAACAACAUUAUCAAUAUUCUAAUCAUCAACAUCUUUAUACACGUUGGUCAUUUAUUGAUUCAUGGAUGUAUAGUAUAUCGAUUAUAACGACAAUUGGUUAUGCAAACCGUCCAUUAACUGUGGAAGGAAAAUUAACAACAAUAAUUUAUGCAUUAUUUGGUAUACCAAUAAUGUUAUUAUUUUUAUCCACAAUUGGUAGCCUACUUGGCCGUGGUCUUAAAUAUCUAUAUCAAUUCUGUUGUCAUUGUAAUCCAAAUGGUGUGGAUUCAUCAUCAUCAUCAUCAUUACAACAUUCAUUUCAAAAUUUACCAACACCAACCACAACGAUAGGAGCAACAACAACAACGACGACAACACCAAAUAAUAAUAAUAAUAAUAAUAAUAGCCAAGAUCAUUUACAUCAUUUACAACAACAUCAUCAUCAUGAUAAUUAUCAAAUACAUCAUAUUGCAUUGAAUAAUAUUGGUGGUGGUGAUAGUAGUGGCCUAUUAUCUACAUUAGAUAUGAAUAAUAUUGGAAAUAAGACAAAAAAUUAUGCUCAAUUAAAUUCCAUUUAUCCACCUGUAUCAGGCACUGGUACUGGACAUUAUGAUAAUCGAGCCUGUUCAUGUGAUCUUUUGGAUCCAAAUGCCGCUGCCAUCACUACCACUACGGCUAUUACUGAUCCAACAGCUAAAUUAUCCGAUCCAUUAGUUAUGGAUCAUCAUCAUCAUAUUUGUGAUACAAAAUUUCAAACCUAUCCAGGUACUGGUACAACAUUGGAUCCACAUCAUCAUUUUAGUACUGGUGUUAGUGGAUGUGAUGGAUCGCCAUUUAAUACAGCAUUCCAUCAUCCAAUUCAUCAUCAAUCGACAAAUAAAUUAGAUCUAGAUCUUCAUCAUCAACAUUUACAUCAUCAUCAUCAUCAUCAUUUGUAUCAUAAAUUACAUCAAUCAGAUUCAUCGAAUUUUGGUUUCGAUGAUUUUGGUGCAAACAAUAGUCGCCAGGCAACGGAUAAUGUACCAUUUUAUUUCUGUUUCCUAUUGAUUACAUUGUAUAUAAUGGCCGGUAGUGUUAUGUUUCAUAUUUGGGAAGGAUUACCCAUUCUUGAUGGUGCCUAUUUUUGUUUUGUUACACUCAGUACAAUUGGUUUUGGUGACAUAUUGCCCGAAAAAACAUUAUCAUCAAGCCAGACAGAAUCGAAAAAACGAAUAAUCAUUAUUGUCAUCUAUAUACUUGGCGGUAUGACAUUGGUAGCAAUGAGUUUCAAUCUAAUAUAUGAACAAUUGGCAUUCAAAUUCAAAAAGAUUGGAUAUAAAAUACAAUUACAACAGCAACGUCAUCAACAAAGAAUGGAUGAAAUAAUAAUGAAAGAAAAUUCAAUGAAAAUGAUGAAUCAUCAUCAACAUGGAUCAUCAUCAUUACAACAAUCA